AUGCGCGCCGCUGCGCUGUUGCUGCUCGCCCUGCUCCCGCUCCGGCCCCUUCCCGGCCGCGCCGCCCGCCCCAAGCUCGCCCUCCCCAUCCGGCCCGACAUGGAGCCGCUGCCCCCCGGCGGGGCGGCAGGCUGUGCCUUCGGGGGGCACUUCUAUGCUCUGGAGGAGACGUGGCACCCGGACCUAGGGGAGCCCUUCGGGGUGAUGCGCUGCGUUAUCUGUCACUGCGAGCCGCAGAGAAACCACCGGGGCAAGCCUGUGGGGAAAGUGAACUGCAAGAACAUGAAGAAGGACUGCCCUGUGCCUUCCUGUCCCCGGGCCACGCUGCUGCCUGGACACUGCUGCCACACCUGCCCCAAAGCCUUGCCAGGUCCCCCAGAGAAGAGCCCUGCACUCCGCUUUGACAACUUUGAGUACUUCCAGGACAAGGAGGAUGACUUGGACAAGCCCUACAAUGACCGCUCCUACCUCAGCUCUGAGGGCCUGGCUCGCGAUGAUGCCCGCACAGAGUUUGUGGCCUUGCUGACAAGUGGCCCAGAGCCGUGGCACCCCACAUCCAGCGCCGUGGCCAAGGCUCGCUUCACCCUGCUGCGCUCCUCCCUUCUCUUCUCCAUCAGCUACGAGCGGCUGGGGCGGCCAAGCCGGGUGCGUUUCAGUGAUCCCGAGGGUAACGUGCUGUUUGAACACCCCGUGCAGAAGAGCGCUGCCCCCGAGGAUGGCAUGCUCUGUGGAAUGUGGAGGACGGUGUCCAAAGCCAACGUCCAGCUGCUGCGGGGGGAACAACUUCGUGUGUCCCUCAUCACCCGGGCACAGCCCUCUGGAGAGGUCUACGGGCACAUCCUCAAGCACCGGGCACUGUUUGCAGAGACAUUCGGUGCCAUCCUGACUUCGUUGGACCCCUUGCACCUGGGUGCCGGGGGCAUGGCCAUGCUGACACUGAGUGACACUGAGAACAACCUGCACUUCAUCCUCAUGGCCCGGGGACUGCUGGAGCCUGGAGCAAGGGAAUCCCCGUGGGUCCCACUGAGGGUUCGCAUCCUGCACCAGGGCCAGAUGCUACGGGAGGUCCAUGCCAACAUCACUGUGGAGGACCCCGACUUCGCAGAGGUGCUGAGUGAUCUGUCUGCCCAGGAGCUGCAGUGGCUGGUGCAGGGGCAGCUCCGCAUCGUGGCUGAGACAGAGGGCCGGCACGCACGCCGGCUGGCUGGCACCAUCACCACCCGCCGCAGCUGUGACACCAUCCAAAGUGUGCUAUGUGGAGCAGAUGCUUUGCUGCCGACCAAGACUGGGGCUGUGGGUUCAGCCAAACUGGCGCUGCAUGAGAAUGGUACCCUGGAGUACCAGGUGCAGGUGGUGGGCACUGCCAGUGAGGUGGUGGGCAUCACACUGGAAACCAAACCCCGGCGGAAAAGCAAGAGGAACAUCCUGUUUGACAUGACACCCAGCUACAAGGAUGGGCUGGCCUGGGGUGCCUGGCAGAGCCCCAGCGCCCGCGAUGCCCACAUGCUUCUACAAAAUGAGCUCUUCCUCAAUGUGGCCACCAAAGACUGGGCAGAGGGUGAGCUGCGGGGCCAGAUCAUCUCCCUGCCCUACAGUGGACUGCUCGCCCGCUACACAGAGAUGCCCGUGGCACUGGCAGGGCAGCUGGUGUCCCCCCCAGUGCACAGCAGUGCCGGGGGGCACGCCUGGCUCUCGCUGGAUGAGCACUGCCACCUGCACUACGAGAUCUCUGUGGCGGGGCUGGGACGCCCGAGUGACGGCACUGUCAGUGCCCACAUCCAUGGGGUGGCCGAGCUGGGGGAGAUGAGCACCCGCCCCCACCAGCACAAGCGCCUGCUCAAAGGCUUCUACAGCACUGAGGCUCAGGGGGUGGUGAAGGACCUGGAUGCUGAUCUGCUACAACACCUGGCACAAGGCACUGCUUUCCUGCAAGUCAGCACCAAAGCACACCCCAAUGGGGAGAUGCGGGGACGGGUGCACAUUCCCAAUCAGUGCCAUGCAGGAGGGACCCGCCUGGCCCCAGGGGAGUCCCUGGGUCAGGCUGGGCUCUCUGAAAGCACCAAGAACAGGGACCUAGAGCAGCUGAAGAAGGACCCAAACUCCUGCUUCUUUGAAGGUCAGCACCGGGCACAUGGCACCCGCUGGGCACCUGACUAUGACAAGAAGUGCUCCAUCUGCAGCUGCCAGAAGCGCACAGUGAUCUGCGACCCCAUCUUGUGCCAGCCCCUCAACUGUACCCACCAGGUGCAUCCCGAAGAGCUGUGCUGCCCUAUCUGUGAAGAGAAGAAGACCGAGCAGGAAGACCUGAAGCUGGAGCGGGCACGGGACAGUAGCGAGGGUUGCUACUUCGAUGGCGACAAGACAUGGCGAGGCUCUGGCACUCGCUGGCACCCUGUCGUGCCCCCAUUUGGCCUCAUCAAAUGUGCCAUUUGUACCUGCAAGGGCACCACAGGUGAAGUGCACUGCGAGAAGGUGCAGUGCCCACGGCUCACCUGUGCCAACCCCGUGCGCGCCAGCCCCUCUGACUGCUGCAAGCAGUGCCCAGCCCCAGAGAAGAGUGUCCCGGAGCUGGCUGACUCCAUGCAGGCAGAUGAACCACGAGCGUGCCGCUUUGGGCGUCGCUGGUACCUCAACAACGAGAGCUGGCACCCGUCUGUGCCCCCCUUUGGAGAAAUGAAGUGUAUCCUGUGCUGGUGUGUGUCUGGGGAGACGCACUGCCAGCGCCAGGAGUGCCCCCCAUCCGCCUGUGCUAGCCCUGCCAUGAGGGAAAACCCCUGCUGUGCUAAGUGCCGUGCCCUGGAUGUCCCCUCAGAUGCACAGGAGAAGGUCCACGAUGCCAAGGUGGAAUCACGGAGCCACUGAGCAGCAACUGCUGCCUUGAGCGGGACAAGCGC